AUGGCUGCCCCGAGUGCGCUGCACGCCCUGCGCGCGUUUGGCGUCCAGGUCGCGUCGGACACCGCCGAGUACGAGCAGCUGCGGGGGUAUGGGUGCGCGGGGUACUUGACGGACGCGACAUCGAACCCGUCGCUGGUGUACGCCGCGGUGUGCAAGGCCGAGUACGCCCACCUCGUCGACGACGCCGUGGCGUAUGCACGUGCGCGCGGCGGCGGGGACGCCCGGCUCGCGAUGGACCGGCUCGUCGCGCUUGUGAGCGCGGAGAUCGCGCGGAUCGUCCCGGGCCGCGUCUCCGUCUCCGCCGACCCGCGUCUCGCCCACGACACACCCGCGCUGAUCGCCGCGGCGCACGCGCUCGUGGCGCAGCUCGCCGCGCUCGGCGUCCCCCGGCACCGCGUGCUCAUCAAGAUCCCCGCGACGCACGCCGGCAUCCGCGCGGCCCGGCACCUCGAGCGCGCGCAGGACGAGGCGAUACACACCAACAUGACCCUCGUCUUCGGGCGCGUGCAGGCCGCCGCGUGCGCCGAGGCCGGCGUGCGCGUCAUCUCCCCCUUCAUCGGCCGCGUAAAAGACUUUUACGACGCGCGGAACCCCGGCCCGCUCGCCCCGGCGCCGCUCGCGAAGCACCCCGGCAUCCAGCUUGUCCAGAGCAUCCGCGCGUCGUUCGCGGCCCGGGGUGUCAAGACGGAGAUCCUCGCCGCCGGGUUCCGUGCGCCGGAGGAGGUCAUCGAGCUUUGCGCGUGUGGGCCCGCCGCCGGCCCGGACGCCGUCACCAUCCCGCCCAGCCUCAUCGCGCCCCUUCUCGCGACACAGCAGCGCGAGCCCCGGCGUGCGCUUCCUCCCCUAACCGACGAGCCCGCGGAGGAGGAGGCCCAGUAUUUUGGUCCGGGCGGCGCGCAGGCAUAUGCCCGAGACAUCGCGCAGGAGGAGAUUGCCGCUGUCAAGGUCCCCGAGGGCCUUGGAAAGUUUUCUGCAGAUGCGCAGGCGAUGGAGGACAUGCUGCAGCGUAGACUAGAACUGUAG